AUGGCUUACCUUAAGCUGUUUAAUCCGACCGACCGUCGGGUGUGCUAUAAGUUGAAGUCAACAGAGCCGGAGAAGUAUGUCGUGAUGUCUAACACCGGACUUAUCGAGCCGUUCAUUACCACAACCAUAGAUGUGCGGAGACUACCGGUUCGUUUGGACGACUGGUUUGUUGUAGAGACAAUGUUCGCUCCGGACGGUCAGGUCAACCACGAGACCAUAUCGAAAGGUGUCGAUCCAGAAGCGAUCAUGGAUUCAAAACUGAAGUGCGUUUUCAAUGGCACCGAUGCCUCGGAUAAUGAGGAGCCGACCACUGAAGAGGUCGUCAAGACGCUCAGGAGGACAACAAGAAGUGAAGACUCGAGUUGGCGUCCAUUCGGACCGAGAAUUUGCAAUUAA